UUUCGAAUCGCAACAGAUCCGUUAGGUCACGAUGAACGUCCUGUGGGUUCGCUUUGCGUGUCUGUGAAGAGCCUGGUUUCGUUUCGCUUUUAAAUUAACAUUAUCGGUCGACGUACUACAUGUUCUGUAUUGCUGUAGUAGAUUACAUGCUUUUACCUUUGCGUAUUGACAAAGUAAUAUUUUUAUGCUGCGAUAAUUAACCAUUAGUCGGUGAAAUGGGAGGAAACUGUAAGUGUAAUUGAGGCAUGAAGCAAUGUUGGAAAUUACGUCCUUUCAAGAUUGUACGUGCCCCUCUUGCCGGGAAUUUCUGAUCGAGCGCUUUUGGCGACUUCGCGGAGCGGACCCAUGCAGCAUGCAUUCAGCGUUGGCGUACGAACAUCAGCUUGCUGCGGGGCUACUCUUUCUGUGCUGCUGUUCUGCUCAGCUGCUGUGUCAUUGGGUACGAACAUAUUGCUUGAUCUGUGGCGUUCCUGAUCUGCUCGGCUGUUGUGAAGUUUGGGAAGGCGUCGCAUGCGGUGACCAUGGCCUGGCUGCUCGUCUUCAUCGUCACCAUGACGUCGCUCACAGGUAUGCAUGCCUGGGGGAAGGCAAAUUCUGCUGACGCCAAGAAGCAACGGAAAGGGCGAGCUGAGCCAACCUGCGCGGGUCUUCGGGACUGAAGAGCGUCGAAUCGAAGGAAAGAAAUGUCUACACUAGAUUAUUAUUUCUUGAGAGAUAUCUGCUAUUAUUACUUUGUACGUGAAUUUGCG